AUGAGCGCCUCUCGGUUCAUAAAGUGUGUGACAGUCGGCGACGGAGCUGUUGGAAAGACUUGUAUGCUCAUUUCUUACACCAGCAACACGUUCCCCACUGAUUAUGUGCCAACGGUUUUUGACAAUUUUAGUGCAAAUGUUGUGGUUGAUGGAAGCACUGUUAAUCUUGGAUUGUGGGAUACUGCAGGUCAAGAAGAUUACAAUAGAUUGAGACCUUUGAGUUAUCGUGGAGCUGAUGUCUUUAUACUUGCGUUUUCUCUCAUUAGCAAGGCUAGCUAUGAAAACGUCUCUAAAAAGUGGAUUCCUGAAUUGAGGCAUUAUGCACCUGGUGUUCCAAUAAUCCUUGUUGGAACAAAGUUAGAUCUUCGUGAUGAUAAACAGUUUUUUACUGAUCAUCCUGGUGCAGUUCCAAUUACAACAGCUCAGGGAGAAGAGUUGAAGAAGCUAAUUGGUGCUCCUUCUUACAUAGAGUGUAGCUCAAAAACACAGCAGAAUGUGAAGGCUGUUUUCGAUGCAGCCAUUAAAGUGGUUCUGCAGCCACCAAAACCGAAGAAGAAAAAGAAGGCAAAGGGUCAAAAGGGGUGCUCCAUAUUAUGAAUGAGUUUGCAAUUGCAAAUGAAGAGAGAGAGAGAGAAGUCAAGUCAACCAUGUGGUGCUAAUUACCUUUCUACCCUUUUUUCUUAAAAGUACCUGCUCACUUUUGCUUUCUGUCUUAAGAAAAACAAAAACAAAAAAAUGUUGUGUUGUGCCAAAUAUCAAUUAGAUUGGACUUUGGACAAGUUUGUAACAGCAUAUCAUAUGUAUAUUGUUUCAGUUUAACACCAAAUAGUUGAGUGAGGCUAUUUUGGGUAUUUGUAGUUUGCUUUAUUUUGAUUGUAUGCUUCUUGUAACCCUAAUUAUUUGGUACCAUUUUUUUCUUUAAAAUAUAAAACCUUAUUCUUCUA